UGCCCGAAUGGUGUACAAUGACCCAAAUAAACUGGCCACUCCCAACGGCAGGCGCCAGCGGCGGCACCAGCGGUCACCUUCGCACCGCCGUCUGGUCCGAGCCCGUCGGGGGCGCCUCCUCCGCCACCGCCGCCACCGCUGCCGGCUGCACCGCCGCCUCCGAUGGCGCCUCCGCCGUCGGAACCGGCGCCGUGCCUGGUGCAGUCGUGGCCGCAACCGGGAAGCAAGAUGCGCACGCUCAACUGGAACAAGAUACCCGCGCACAAGGUGCUUGCCGGCGGCCGCAAGAGCCUGUGGCGGCGCAUUGCCGAAAGCCACACCGGAGGCGAGUCACCGCUGGACUUCGCGCACCUCGAGGGCCUCUUCUGCCAGCACCAGCCGUCGCAGCCGGCUACUUCGGCACACGCCACGGGCUCUCUCGGAGGCGGCCUCAGCUCUGGCGGGGCAGGCGGCGGAGCGGGCAGCGGCAGCGAAGCGGGCGGUCGCGGUCCACGUGACCCUGCGUCCGGCCGUUCGGGAGACGAGGCACCACUCAGGAUACUCGACGCACAGAGGAGCCUGCAGGUGGGCAUCUUCCUGAAGCAACUACGCGGCCAGGCGGACGAGGCGCAGCUCCUCGAGAUUCUUGGCCGCGGAGGAGCCGGCGGGGACAGCCUGGGUGCCGAGAAGCUGCGCGCGCUGCAGGCACUGCUGCCGGCGCCCGAGUCGGCGACCGCGCUCGAGACGGCGCUCCUCGAGCGGGAGCCGGGACAGCUGGCGCCGCCCGAGGCCUUCCUCGCGAGGAUCUUGCGCCUCCCAGACUAUCGACUACGCGUGGAAAGCCUGCUUCUCCAAGAAGAACUCCCCACGAUCGUCGCCUCACUCGAGACAUCCAUGACUUGCCUGAGAAAUGCUGCCAAAGAAAUACAAGACUGUAAAGCCCUGCAUGAAGUCCUCUACAUGAUUCUGGUGGCGGGAAACUUCCUCAAUUCGGGAGGAUACGCUGGUAACGCGGCUGGCUUCCAGGUGAUGUCGCUGCUUAAGGUGGCCGAGCUGCGCUCCAACCGACCAGGCGUGGGGCUACUUCACUACGUGGCACAAGAGGCCGAGCGCGUGCAAGUCCUGGGCGGCGGCCAGCAGGGCUUCGACUCGGUGCUGCCGUCGCUGGAGGCGGCCAGUCGCGUGUCGGCCGACCAGGUGCGAGCCGACGUUUCGGCGCUCGCCGAGCGCCUGGCCCGGCUGCAGGGGGACGCGUCGAGGGCGGCCGGCCGCCCAUCGUCCCGCGACGAAGCCUUCCUGGCGCGCACGCGAGCUCUGCUCGAGCUCGCCCAGCGGGAGCUCGAGCGUCUCCGGCGCGGCCUGCGCACCCUAGAGCAAGCGCGAAACGACCUCGCCGCCUUCUUCUGCGAGGAUCCGGCCAGCUUCCAGCUGGAAGAGUGCUGCGGCGUCAUCGCCACCUUCUGGAGGAGCUUCAGAGCCGCCGACCAGGAGAACCGCAGGCGUUCCAUCGCCGAACCCGAGGGCGGCCAGCCGCGAAGUCUCGGAGACUUGCCGCGACUUCGCACCACGGACGAGCGUGGUUUCACGACCAGCGCCAGCUCCCCGGACGCGAGCCCCUCGAACAGCCUGCGCCGCAGCUUCCGCCGCAGCCGGCCUUCGUCAUCCGAGAUGGCCAGCGACGAUCAGCUGUUCGACUUCCUCCGUCACGGCUCGGACAGGGAAGACUCGCUCGGGCGACGGGCGUCGCGCCGCGAAGCGAGACGGCGCUGGGCGGCGGACCUCUCGGAGGACUCGACGUCUCGCGAGCGAGUGCCUUCGCGAGAGAAAGAGCACGUGCCUUCGACGACAACGCCUCGUGAGCCGGCUGCCAGCUCUUCUCCUGCCACCGACACGCCCUCGUAUGCCCCGAGGCGCACAUUGGUUAAGCUCCCUUCUACAACGGCUACAGACGUCACGUCGACGACGACGCCAUUGAACGCGUUUCCGAAGAGUGCAUCUCGAUGCGAGGCGUCAAACAAGCCCGCAACACUGUCGCCACCACCACCGACAUCUGCGAUCAGUGCAUCACCAAUCGACGUACCCGAAGCAACAACUUCAGUUGACUUCCCUCGCCGGACUGCGACACAUAUUCGGAGAAUCACUCCACCGUCGUCGAUGCCGACAGUUCCCGCAGUGCCGACGGCCACUCCGACUGCACAGGUCAGCUUUGUCCACAGCAGCAGCCCACCCCGAAGGAGCGCUUUGCCGUCGCCUAUGCCGACCUCCCCUCAACCUAUGAACUUGACGACGCCACCGGCAACACCUCGCGUCGUUUCUACCGCGGUCCCCACUCCUCCCCCGCAAAGUAACGGCUUGCCGUCACCACCGCCUAGAAUAACACCACCGCCUCUACGGGUGUCACCGCCUCCACGGGUUUCACCGCCUCCACGGGUGACACCGCCUCCACGGCUAACUCCACCAUGCCGGGUCCCAGCACCUCCUUCCGUAACAACACCUCGGGUGACACCACCUCCCAGGGCGACACCGCCACCUCAAGCAACUCCGCCGUCAACGGUGAACUUGCAGUCACCUCCUCCGUUGCCAGCGACUCCGCCGGCUCUUCCAAGCAGCCUGUCUCCAUCGACGACUACACCUGAGAGAAGGGAAGGCUGGCCUCGAAGCGCCAUACCCACGAUGCCCGGAAGCACCGUGCUCAAGAGGGGCUCAAGAGUGUCUCAAUCGGAGAAGCCUUUCAUGAGGGCCACCUCAGCCUGGACUGCGAGGUCGGUACCGUUGCCUGCUGUAAAUGGAAGCGCGCAGUCGCCACCAUUCGGGUCAUCCCUACCGCUGAUCACGCCCCCGUCUCCUCUCUUUGGAACACACUCUGCAAACGUUGCUCUGCAGCGUCGGAUACCUUUGCAGCCACUUCACGACCGAUCGGUGGGACAGCGCCCGACCAGAACGAAGACACCGUUGGAGAACCAGCAUAUAGCAGGUUCGCGGUGGCGCAGUUCAAGGACGGGCAUGAGUCCACUGUGAUUGAUUACCUAUGAAAUGAGCAGCGACGCAUUAUUUCGCACCACCCGGGUUAUCUGUAUGUCCACUAGGCUGUCACAUCGGCACGGAUCAUCCGGUACUGGUCGUCGCCACCAGAGUUAUUUACGUAGACAAAGCAUCCGCUUUUGUUGUGGCUAUGAUGCUUUUUUCGUAGCAAAAGAAGGAAAAGCAAUUAACCAAACCGCUCAGUUAUAUAUAUAGCACCAUAAGGAGUGUCUGAGGAAUGAGAGAACAGUGAAGAAAAAUGGACUUCUACAGAGCCAAGGCUUCGUAUACAGCAUGCGCAUUCGCCAAAAUUACAAAGUACCAAGUUUUUAAAACAAAAUGAUUACACCAGUCGCAUUUACGCGAGCAAUAAAAGGUUGAUUCAUGGAAGGUAAAAUCGUCAUCCACCCGGCAGAGCAAACAGCCAUGUCAGUUUCCCAGGAAAAAAAAAAACUUCGCAGUUGAAAAAAAUUUCGUCCUGGUGCCAGCUGGAACGAGCUUUUCUUAACUGAGAAGCUUUCUGUUUUUUUUUUUUUUUUCUGAGAAACUCGUAUGAGCUUUCUUGGCAAGCUCGAGUGAAUGAAAAUUUUCGCUUCCGUGAAAAUUCCUCCAGCUUACCUAGUGCCGCGGAACUGACUUUGCCAAGAUGUAUCCUUUCCGCUCUCUUUCUCUUUUUAUCUCCCCCUACUCCUUCUCACACUGCAGUGCAGCCAACCGGAACGACCUCUGGUUAACCUUCCUGGUUUUCUAUGCAUCCUUUCUCUCUCUCUCGCCAAGAUAACGAUUCGCGUAUAGUGCAUUUAAGCUCGCUGAUUUUAGCGUCAGAACAAAUAUUUAUACUAAGCACUUAUGCUGAAUUUCGCGGCGUAUCUUAGCAUUAAUAUACAGCGUCCGACAGAGAUGGAGCUUCUGUUGCUUCAAAAACAUUUCCAGCACUUCUAGUAGAAGUCUGCAAUAGAUGAAGUAACGAAAUUUGUGUUAUAAGAAGCUUUGAAUCUACUUAAACAAUCAAUUAUCAAUCUUGACUCUUACUUUUUUUAUGACGCUUAAGUUACCUGGAAAUAAAGGGGGGAAAUAAGAAAGCCUCUGCGCAACAGAAGCGACAUGUAAUGCGUCCUUCACCUGCAUUAGUGUAAGCUAGUCCGGAUUAUUCCGCAUACACUAAGAACAAUGCAUCGUGCCAAGUUCAUUUGUUUGACAGUUGAACUCAACCUUUCACAUUUGCCUUACGCUGCGGGGUCGAAAAUGCUGAACAUGUGCCAAAAUAAAAUAUCCCGUGUUGUUUCUGGA